AUCCUGACAGCGGCUCCGGGGUGUCAGCUGAUCAUCCUCCUACUCCUCCUCCUCCUCUUCUUCUUUUUUUGUUUUUUGUGGUAACUGCUCGCGAGGAGCAACGCGCUGCCGGACUCCUCGACGAAACCAUGGCGGCGGAGAUCCACUCGAGGCCGCAGAGCGCCAGACCGAUCCUGCUCAACAAGAUCGAGGGACACACGGACGCCGUGAACGCGGCCGUUUUAAUCCCGAAAGAAGAUGGCGUCAUCACGGUCAGCGAGGACAGAACCAUCCGGGUUUGGCUGAAAAGAGACAGCGGCCAGUACUGGCCGAGCAUCUACCACACCGUCUCCUCGCCGUGCUCCUGCAUGUCGUACCACCACGACAGCCGGCGCAUCUUCAUCGGCCAGGACAACGGCGCCAUCGUGGAGUUUCUCAUCUCUGAAGAUUUCAACAAGAUGAGCCACGUCAAGACAUAUCCAGCCCACCAGAGCCGCGUGUCCGACAUGGUGUUCUCCCUGGAGAGCGAGUGGGUGGUGAGCACCGGCCACGACAAGAGUGUGAGCUGGAUGUGCACGGAGAGCGGCAGCAUGCUGGGGAGGCACUACUUCACGGCCUGGGCCUCCUGCCUCCAAUACGACCACGAGACGCAGCACGCCUUCGUCGGCGACUACUCGGGUCAGAUCACGCUGCUGAAGCUGGAGAAGCAGACGUACUCCACCAUCACCACGCUGAAGGGCCACGAAGGCAGCAUCGCCACCCUGUGGUGGGACCCCGUCCAGAGGCUGCUGUUCUCGGGGGCCGCCGACCACAGCGUCAUCAUGUGGGACAUCGGGGGCCGCAAAGGCCGGACGCUGCUGCUGCAGGGACACCACGAGCGCGUCCAGGCCGUCCGCUACCUGCAGCUGACCCGGCAGCUGGUGUCGUGCUCGGCCGACGGCGUCAUGGCGGUGUGGAACAUGGACGCGCAGAGAGAAGAGGCGCCUCAGUGGUUAGACUGCGACUCCUGUCAGAAGUGUGAGCAGCCGUUCUUCUGGAACAUCAAGCAGAUGUGGGACAAUAAGACCAUGGGGCUCAGACAGCACCACUGCAGGAAGUGCGGCAAGGCCGUGUGUGGGAAAUGUAGUUCUAAGAGCACCUCGUUCCCCAUCAUGGGCUUCGAGUUCCCGGUGCGAGUGUGUGACGUCUGCUUCGACACGGUCAAAGAGGAAGAUCGGACUCCCCUGGCCACGUUCCACGAGGGGAAACACAACAUCGCCCACAUGGACAUGGACCCGUCCAGAGGCCUGAUGGUCACCUGUGGGAGCGACCGCAUCGUCAAGAUCUGGGAUGUGACGCAGGUGGUUGGCUGUAGCCUAGCAACAGGCUUCGCUUCGCGCUGAUUGGCCCCGGGCCCAACCCUACCCCUCCUCCAGGCUCCGCCCACUCCUCCAAUGUCAUGGAAACCCCUCUUGUACAAUAUCUCCUCCUCCCGCGCCAUCACGUCUGGGAGCUACAGCCAGACCUGCUCCGAGUGUGUGUGUGAGGAUGUGUGUAAGAGAGAAUGUGUGUGUGUGUGGAUAGUGUAGCCCUCCACAUUUAUUUUGCUUCUCAAACAUCUAAUUUCACUACCUGUCAGUCCUACAUGAAAGUGUGUGUGUGUUUUUUUCCGCUCUGAAACCUAAGCACAAUUGUGUGUGUGUGCGAGAGGGAGGGGAAGAGAGGGAGAGAGAGAUGGAGAGACCACAUGUUGUGUGUCUGUUUUAGUCUUUUUGCUCUGAACCCGAAGCACAAGUGUGUGUGUGUGGUCGUGAUGCCCCCAGUGGGGGGAUUGGGUAUUGAGGUUGGUGGUUCCACUACGUUUAUAUUUCCGAUGCUUCUUUUGACUUUAUUUUGAUUCCCAUGACGUUCACUAAAACGCCGACCUGGCAGUCCUGCACAACACGCACACUCGCGUGUUCAUGAACGCACCAUACUCACCGUGACAUGUGACCCCCCCCCCCCCCCCCCGCUUGCAUCAACUCGCCGUGUGUGUUUUAUUCACCGGUUGGCCUUAAAUCGCUCUCAGGAGGUUUUACAUCCGCGGUCGUCACUUCCGUCACACGUCGGCCAUUGUUGUUGUUGCGCAAUCACUCUCAAAAAUGGUCGCCGUAGAUGCAAUCGUCGGGCCACGCCCACUUCAUUCAAACUCCAGAACGAGCAGCAGCUAUGCAUGCUGGGAAAAAGGGUCCUCGCUACUCAUUUCCCACACAACUGAAUUAUAAUCGUAGGCGCGGACGUACGCGGAGGUACACACACACACACACACACACACACACACACAUCUAUGAUGUAACAUUUGAGAAAAGGCACUUAAAAGGUUUAUUGGAAUGAGCAUUACAUUUCUAGGGGGCGAGGCUUGUUGAUUGGUCCCCUUAAACUCUAUUUCAAAUAGUGUGUGUGUGUGCUCAUCAGCGCACACACACACACACUCGUAACGCUCUCUCCACUGCACUGAAUUGCACAACUUUUUUGUCUUUUUUUUGUCUUUUGAAUUUUAAAAAACAUUUCUUUUUUUGAUGUAAAUUUCAUAUUUUGGGUGGAUUCACAGCUGGAUUUCGAUGUCACGUCCUUCUUGUAAAUAACAGCUGGCGUCUCCUGAUGUUUAGACUUAACGCUCGCCUUAAUGUAUGUGUGAGUGUGUUUGUUGGGGUCAGGGGGUUAACAUUACCGUCAUAAUAUUUGGAAUUCCUGAUGUCGAGAUGUAGUCACAUUCCGGGUGUUUUUGAUCGUGUAGUGUAUAUUUAUAUUUGUAGUAAAGUAUUUAAAUACGGUUGUAAAGUGGUUGUUUACUUCUCUCUCUGUUUACAUGUCACAGUCAGACUGAAGGAGCCAAUAAGUUGCAUUAAUGUUCAUUUACAUAUUAGUUUUCUGACCGUUUCUUUCCUCCUAAAAUCACAUUUUGGUGAUGGUGGCACACGUCUUCAUUCUGGAGGCUUUGGAAUAAAAUAAUGAAUUCAUGAACAACAUUUAUUAUUAUUAAAGUCCAUUAAAUGAAGGAUAAUUGAGUAUUAUAUUGAAUAUAUAUAUAUUUCAACUAUAAUUCUCCUCAAUAAAAACAUUAUUACAUUUAGUUAUUUACUGUAAUGUAACUACUUUUAAAAAUGGUAAAUAAAAUGUGCACAAUGUUAAAACAAUGGAGUGUAUGUAUAUAUAUAAUUAGUUUUUUACUUUGAUGUUUUACACACGAAUGCUGCUGGAUGAAAGUCAGACACUAAAAACUGUAAAUCGGUCAUUUAAUUCAUAUUUAAUAUAAAAAAAUAUAUGAAUUAAUGCAGCUUUUUAAAAGAUGUGUUCAAAGCACAAACAUCCGUAUUGAUCUCGGUGUCAUGGAUCCAUAACCGGGUUAUUGAUGAAUGCCACCUAACAAUUAGGAUUUAAAAAAAAUCCUGGACGUGCUCUUUAUUAUUUUUUUAUGAUCAUCUCCUCGUAACAGAUGCUUCUUAAGGACGAAACGAUCAGCCGUUUACAGAAAAUAAUAAUAAGAGAUCUUCAGAGCUGAAGAAAUAGAUCUAAUGUUGUAAAUGGUUUAUUUCUUUAAAAAAAAAUACCCCCCCACACACACUUGUUUUAAUGUACAUCUCUAAUUCAUUACUGUAUUCUUUUGUAUAAAUACUUUGCUUGAGGUGAGAAAAUAAUUGAUGCUCAAUAAAGAAAUUCUGAUGUG